UUUCUUAUUUAUUGUGAUGUUUUAUAGUUGCUUUUUUAUUUUAUUUAUAAAUUCAUAGACCAUUCCCAACAUUUAAAUCAAUUCAGUUUUUGCAUUUAACUCUUCUUUAGUAAUCUAAUUUCUGAUAUGUUGCAGUACUUGAAUUGAAGGAGGCAUGGUCUUUCACUCUUUCUUAAAAAAAAAUCGUCUUAAGUCCCAUGAGCGUAUAAAAUAUCAGAACAUAUUGUGUCUGACUUGCAUUACAGCUAAAAAAAAAUUGUAUUGGACAUGUAUUUUUGCAGAACCCUUUUUUAGCCUGCAAUACUUCAGACAACAUCUAAGGUUCGUUUCAGAUAAACUAUUUGUCCACAUUAUUUUCGUACUUUUUAUAGCCUAGCCCCCCGUGGUUGAAAAAAUUUAAUCCAUGACGAAUAAAACAGUAAAAUAUUGUUAUUUUUAAAAUAUUAGAACACGUUCAAAAAGAAGGUACUUAUCUAAGAAAUUAACGAAAAUCGGAAAAAAUUAAUACACGAACGCCGUUUAACAGCGAAUACAACAUCUAAAAAGGUGCUGUACUGCCGUGUACUUUAUACAAUUGUUUUAACUUAGAUCAAAUUGAAACAUUCAUGUUAUUGUCUAUCAAACUUUCUCUCUCAGAACUUGAAUCAAGCAUAUAAUAGAAGAAUAUAAAAUGGCGAUGUAGUAGUAUUUCGAACGAAUUCUACCGAUGAACGUUUUUGAUAACGAUGAUACGUCGUUAUCGAAUUAAUGGCCCGUCUUAAAUAUUAUUAUGUCCGGUUUAUAAUAAUUCUAUACAAAUAUGCGAUAAUCGGAUUUAUAUUUAGUUCAAUUAUUAUUUAUUAUUGCAAUGAUGGAGUUGCGGUUAUUGUAAUAUGUCAUCAUGCACGUACUCAGUCUUGUCGCAGUUGAGAACGAAUACCCGAUGAAAGCGAUCAGGCUCUGAGACGGAAAAUUUACCAUCGUCGCGGGUUGCAAAUUAUGUGUGCAGAAAACGAUCGUUUGGCGAAAAUGAAGAAAUACGUUGUGAAGGUUUUUGAAGAAUGCGUUAAAUCGGUGUCGCCCAGAAACAUCGUCAGAAACACACUGAGAUUCGAUUCGAAAAAGCUUUACGUCAAUGACGACUCUUCGGCGUACAGCGUGCUUGGCGACGUUUACGUGGUCGGUUUCGGUAAAGCUGUGCUGAACAUGGCACUAGAAGUGGAGAACGUACUUAAUGGCCGUCUUAAGGAGGCCGUAGUGAGCGUUCCGUUCGGGACUCGAAGGCCCUCCUUGCUGGAGAACUCCAGAGUGUGCGUCAUGGAGGCAGCCAAGAACAACAUGCCCGACAAACAGUCGGUGGAAAACACCGAUCGCAUCACAAGUACAUUAGCCCGUCUGGGGAGGCACGAUUUGCUGAUCGUACUGAUAUCGGGCGGGGGUUCCGCACUGUUGUGUUCGCCAACCGUGCCCCUCCGGGACAAAAUUCUCGCCACCAACCUGUUGUCGUCGGGCGGUGCAUCCAUCGAACAGCUGAAUACCGUGAGGAAAGCACUGUCCCGGGUCAAGGGGGGCAGACUAAUCGGGUUGGUCCAGGAGGAGUGUACCGUGAUCUCCCUGAUCCUGUCUGACGUCGUGGGCGACCCGUUGACCGCCAUCGCCAGCGGACCCACCGUGCCCAAUGAGGAUCCCGACUAUCUGCCCAUUGGGAUCGUCGACCGUUUCGGUCUGCGCGAUAAGAUGCCCAAGACCGUCGUCGAUGCGCUCUUGCGUAACGAAUCGUUCAACGGCACCUUGGCGCGGUUCGACAGAGUCCACAAUCACGUGAUCGGCAACAACGUCGUCGCGUUACUGGCGGGCGUCGAGUAUGUCAGCCGAGACUUCAAGGCCGUACUUUUGACGUCUUCGCUCCGCGGUGACGUGGCUCUGGUGUCGAAGUUUUAUUCAGAUCUCGUAGAGUACGUGUGUGGCCUGUACACGGGCGUAAUGGACGAGAAACGCAAAGACCAACUGAAGAUAACGUCGUCGUCAAUAGUCAGUGGUAGCGGUGUGGACGUCGAGGGCUUGACGAACAGCGUCGUCGAAGCGUCGUCCGAAGGCCGUGGCUUGUGCAUACUCAGCGGCGGCGAGCCCACGGUCAUGGUCCAGGGUAGUGGCCUGGGCGGCAGAAACCAAGAGUUGGCGCUGAGGGUGGCUUUGGCCUUGGGGGUGGCGAGACGUCGUGACGAUCGGUUCGACGUGCUGUUCUUCAGCGGCGGAACAGACGGCAUAGAUGGCCCUACCGAUGCGUGCGGGGCGUUCGGUUACCCGGCACUCGAGGACGUGGCGUUGUCCCGAGGCCUAGACCCUUCGCAGUAUGUCGACAACAACGACAGCUACGGGUUUUAUUCGUCAUUCGAUUGCGGUGGUGACGAUCUACUGAAAAUCGGACACACCGGCACAAAUGUGAUGGAUCUGCACUUUCUGAUCAUCAAACCGAAAUGAAAUUGUAAUAUCAUGGCGCAAAUAAUAAUCAUUUGUCGGUUGUAAAUAAUUGUAAUAACUAAUAGGCCAUAAAUAGUAUAGUAGCAGAUUUUAUUUUUUAUUGACAUAUCUAAAUGUAAUUUAUCAUUAUGAUUUUUAAUUUUUGAUAGUACUAUCAU